GCGCGCGGAGCGGCGGAUGGGGAGUCGCCACGUGGCGGCCGGCGGAACAGACUCAGAGGGGGAAAAAGUGAACACACACAGCUGGAGAGGAGAAGAGAUGAGGCUGCCUGCUGCUUCGGGGUUCCCACCCAUGGUUGGUUGGUUCAAUCCUGCUGCAAAGAUACACACGUGUGUUGGAGUGCUCGUCUGAGUGGAACGCUUAACCUCUCGCAGGCUACCUCACGCUCAGGAACGAUAUCUGAUUCUCUGCUGAUCGCCGCAGCUGAACUGAAGAUAAGGUGAAGCUUCGGUAAAGAUUCGGUGCUUUCUCACAGGACGCAGGGGAAACAAACAGACAGAGAAAUGGGAGCAGAGGUGGCAGCGGUGGCUCUCGCCAGACCAGGGGAGAUGAGCACUUUGGUAUUUGCAAAGUCUGUGGCUGGUGGCACCAGGCUUCGCACUCAGCAGCUCCCCCUGGAUCGUCCCCCUCCACCUGGUCGCAAAAUGGGACUAGGUUCAGAGACCUGCCGGGCUGCGCCUCAGGGUUUAGCUCACCGAUUGGGUGGAGGAGGGGUCGGGCACAGUCACAGCAGCAGCAGCAGCAGCAGCAGCAGCAGGGAGCGCAAGAACACUACUUGUUUGCCCCAGAGGAGCAGGAGCAGGAGCUCGAGAUCUUGCUUGUGCAGCAUUGCGCCUGCGUCUGACGGGCGGCGCCGCGUGGGCAAGAAGUCGACUUGCCAGCUGUCAAGUCGUCGUUCACUGUUGUGUCAUCGGUGUUGGUGGGAGUUCUAUGGGGAUCGUUUGGAGAAGCAUUGCGGGAUCGGAUCGCAGGGCUUAGGAGGAGGUCGUGGAGGUAGUGACCCGGGGGCAGUGUGGCUCCAUAGCCAGCUGUAUGGAGGAAACAGCAGGGGAAGAAGGGCGGUGCCUGCGGCAGAGGCUUCUCUGGUGGCAUCUGCCGGUGAUGGCACUUCAGCAGAACAUCGAUUAUCAGCAUCUCUGACAUCGGAAGUGUCAGGGUUAAUGGCCCACACGCUGACCUUGGAAGUCGGUGGCAGACAGAUCACGGUAGAGACUGGUGUGAUUGGUCGUCAAGCUAACGGCGCAGUAACGGUGACAGACGGCGAAACUGUGUUGUUUACAACUGUGUGCGCAGCAGAGGAAGCAGAGAACGUAGGGGACUUUGUGCCCCUCACUGUGAAUUAUCAAGAGAGACUCAGUGCUGUGGGCAGGACGAGUGGUGGGUUCUUCAAGAGAGAAGGAAGGCCCCGUGACCAUGAGGUUCUCACCUGUCGCCUCAUCGACCGGCCUCUCCGGCCGCUGAUGCCGGAGGGUUUUCAUCACGAGACGCAGGUCCUGUCAUGGGUGUUGAGCUAUGACGGCGUUCACAGCACAGAACCUCUGGCAAUCACGGCGGCCGGGGCGGCUAUGGCCAUCUCCGACAUCCCGUUGAAGAAGCCUAUCGCCGGUGUGAGGGUCGGAAUGAUGGCGGAUGGCCGGUUCGUCGUCAAUCCGACGGUUCAGGAAAUGGCAGAGUCCCAGCUUGACCUUGUCCUCGCAGGGACAGCAGAUGCAGUGAUGAUGAUCGAGGGCUACUGCAACUUCUUGUCAGAUGAACAGAUGCUGCAGGCUAUAGAGAUGGGGCAGGCUGCUGUGUCAAGCAUGUGCCGGGACAUUGAGAGGUGGGCCUGCGAGGUAGGCAAGCCCAAGGCAUUUGACAAAAUCAGGGCUCCUCCCAGCGAAUUGCAGGAGAUAGUGACCGAAGUAGUGGGUGAGGAGAUCGAGCGGGGCCUUCGAAUUCGGGCAAAGAAGGAGCGCACGAAAGUUAUCGGCGACGCGGAGGAGACUGUGUUAGAGAUGCUCACCGAGGAAGGAAGGAAUAGGGCAUUGGAGAGGCUGAAGAUUGAGGAGGCAAAUGCAGUGUGGGGUGAUGAUGAGGAUGAGGACGAGGGCGUGCAGAUGGUGCUGGACGAGAAGGCUGAUCAGCUGCGGAAAGAAAUGAUGGCAUCAGCAGCCACUGCGAAGAGUUGGGUGAGGCACAGUUUGCAUGUCAGAAGAAGAAAGGGUCGUUUGUACGAUCCCGUGGAUGUGAAGAUUGCCACCAAGGCAGUUGUGUCUUCGAUCUUGCGCCGAAUUGUGGUGACAGAGGGUCUGCGAAGCGAUGGCCGGAGCGAGUCUGACGUCAGGGCGAUCACUUCAUCGUGCGGGCUGCUGCCACGUGCACAUGGCAGUGCCCUUUUCACACGUGGCGAGACACAAGCGCUUGCUGUUGCUACGUUGGGAGGAGACAGUAUGAUGCAGAAAACAGACAAUCUGAGUGGCUCUGACGCUAUCCGGUUCUACCUUCAGUAUCACUUCCCACCCUGCUCUGUGGGGGAGACUGGCAGAAUAGGUCCUCCUAAUCGACGAGAAGUCGGCCAUGGAACACUUGCGCAGCGCGCGUUGGAGCCGGUGUUUCCCAGCGAGGAGGAGUUCCCCUACUCUGUUCGUCUAGAGAGCAUGAUUACAGAAAGCAACGGGUCGUCGAGCAUGGCAUCGGUUUGUGGGGGUUGCCUUGCCCUUAUGGAUGCAGGGGUCCCUUUGAAGAAGCCCGUCUCUGGAAUAGCAAUGGGCUUGAUUCUGGACACUCUGCACUGUGGUGGGUCAGGAGAGCCUCUCAUUCUCACAGAUAUCCUUGGCUCGGAGGACGCGCUCGGCGAUAUGGACUUCAAAGUGGCAGGAGACGAAGAAAAGGUGACGGCUUUCCAAAUGGACAUCAAGGUAGAAGGGAUCAACAUUCCUGUGCUUAGGACUGCACUUGCGCGCGCUCGGGAGGGACGGCAAGUGGUCUUGCAGAAGAUGAAGGAGUGCUCUCCUCCACCGCGGAUGGCUCUCUCUCCGUACGCGCCCAUCAUCGCGACGAUGAAGAUAGAACCCUCCAAGGUUGUCACUGUCAUCGGUUCCGGAGGGAAGACCAUUAGGAGCAUCAUUGAUGAGUCGGGGGUUGAAUGCAUCAACGUCGAAGACGAUGGAACGGUCACGAUCUGUGCGCGAAACACGGAGGUGUUGGAGCAAGCAAAGGCCAGAAUUCGUGGCAUUUCUAUGGUACCUGAAGUCGGAGCAGUCUACCACAACUGCCCCGUCAAGGGUGUCACUGCAUACGGAUGUUUCGUAGAGAUCGCACCUGGGCGUCAGGGGCUCGUCCAUGUCAGCGAAUUAUCAACUAAGAGAGUAGAGAAAGUGGAGGAUUUUGUCAAGGAGGGCGACCUUCUAGAUGUCAAAUUGCUUGAAAUAAAUGCCCGUGGACAGUUGAGACUCAGCUGCAGAGCCGUGCUGCUAGAACAAGAGGAGGGGAAAUCGGAAGGGGAGGGGGUUGCCAAGGGAACAGAUGUAGAGAUGGCUUUUGAAGGUGGUGAAGGGAUCAAAGCUCAACUUGAAGCAGCGGCUGCUGUAAAUGGAAUGAAAGAAAGAGAAGGACAGAAGGCGGUCAGGCGAAGGAGAGUUGGCCCAAGAGCAUCCGAUGGGCUAACGGAACGAGCGGAUGAAGAGGGAGAGAGGACAGAAGGAGCGAAUGCGGGCAGGAAGAGGACACGAGGGAAGCUCGCUGCAGCAGAUCCAAAAACAAAAGAGCAAGGGAUAGAGGAUGCAGCCGCAGGAGACAGGGAAGAGGAUGGGGAAAAUGUUACGACUGUUGUUGAAACUCAAUAAUUUAAUUCAGAUCAGGCUUCCGUGUUGGAGUCUGAGAGGGAGAUCUUUGUGUGUACACUGGUAGUUAGCAUCCCAGUUUUUUCUUUUCUUUCAUAUGAUCCAAAAAGACAGAAUGAUGACCCGGUCCAUGGCUAAGCUGAUGGCUGAGGUGAGGUCUAUGGGGAAAGUUACCAUUGUCACCAUGUGUCAAAAAUUCAAAAUUGAUCGUAGCAAAAAAUAAAAUAAAAUAAAGUGA